AUGGCACCCCCGAUGCUCCACUUGUCUGCCCCCCGCCGACCUACAGCGCACCCCAAGACCUCUGCGCUUUCAUCUGGUGCGUCGACCGGCCUUCAGCCAGCCGAUAUCGAGCACAAGUACCCUAGCCUUACGGACUUGACAGGCGACCCCGGAUGUGCCGACUGGGCCUCGAUCGAGAUGAAUGAGGCUGAAUUGCGGAGAUUUAGGUCUCUCGAUCUCACAAACACAUACGUCAAAGCAUGCGUCACAGCCGCAGUUGUUCAGCACGCACUCGAACGCAACACUCUUCUCGAAGACUUUGGAAGCGGAGGAUCGAUGUGGACCCUAGCUUCGGUGACUGCGUCUCUAUUGGCACACGCAAAACGUCGCGCUAAUGACGGUACGGAGAGGUGCAGCUCGGAGCUGAGGAAGAGUCUCACGUCUCUCGACACUUGUCUGCGGGCGGCCGAGGAGAGCGCAGUUGUCAGGGCAUACACGGUCAAGCAGCUGAACAACAAGGUCAAAAGCUUUGAGGAGCUCAGGAAGUACAUCGCUCGCCAGAGAGGCAAAAAAUACUAUCCCUGGAGGUUUGCCGAUGACUUCAAGAUUCACUCGUCCUGUCGGAGCGCUACCAGCGAAGUUGCCCGCCGUAUCACCGAGAUCUACACGGACUGCAUCUGGAAGGGAGAAGCGCUCACGGCCAGGGAGUUGUGGUUUCCGCAAUAG